CACAUAUCCAUGCAUAGAUACAUAACAAUUAAAUAAGCACCCAGCCAGAGUUCUCAUACAACUACGGACAUAUUUAUAAUUGACCAAGCUAUGCGUUACGCAUUCAAAUUUCGUCUCACAACAUUACAGUGCAUAAUUUAUAUUGUGAUCUCCUUGUGCAUACAUAAAAUAAAUUCUACGACAGUUACGCCCACCGUUUAUCUCAACAACACAGCUUUGGAUGAUGGUCCAAGUCAUGACGCCGUUUCUGGCGAUUAUUCCCUCAGCCCGACGAACGGGUUCGCAAACAUCAGUGUGGAGGAAGAGCCCAAUUGUGCAGAAGAUGCCAAAAAUAACAAAAAGCUUCCUUACGAUAAGAUGGAAAUUCUUGAAUACAUUCGGUAUGCCGGAUAUCCAGCAGAGGAAUUUAAAGUAACGACGGAGGACGGUUAUAUUCUCACAAUUCACCGAAUAUCUGGCAGUCCUUUGUCACCCCCAGCCCCAGGAAAAGUCCCCGUCCUCCUCUGGCAUGGAGUGAUGGGUAACUCGUGGAAUUGGUUACUUCUUGGGAAUGAAAGCCUUGCAUUUCUUUUGGCUGACGAAGGAUACGACGUGUAUCUUGGAAAUAGCCGUGGAAAUCACUUCAGUAUGGAGCAUGAAGAUGUUAAUGACAAUAGCGAGAAAUAUUGGGAUUUUAGCUUUCAUGAAAUGGGAUUUUACGAUCUUCCAAACACGGUGGACAAAAUAUUGCUGUUGACCACUGCUCGAGACUUGUACUUUAUCGGACACUCUCUUGGCUCCAGGAUGUACUCGGUUAUGGUUACAAUGCGUCCUCACACUGCAAAGAUAAGGACCGGAUUUCUUCUCGCACCAGCAGCAUUCAUGUCGCAUGUACAAAAUCCUACUCUAAAAACAUUGCUGCUUGGACAGCCAGAUCAGUACAAAGCAUUGGGUCCGAAAAUAGAUCCAAAGGGAGGAACGAUAAAAGAGACUUUCCAUGUAUCUUGUCCAAAUGGCACGUACAAUUGUGACGGAUCUUGUGAAUACUUGAUUUUCUUAUUAUUCGGACCCAUCUCACAAAGCGAUGCGUCUUUGCGGAAAUUCUUUGCUAGACGCUAUCCUAGUACGACAUCCACAAAAGUUUUACGCCACUGCUCUCAAUUGUUUACGGCUGGAGAUUUAUUUCGUCGCUUUGAUUAUGAAUCCAAGGAAGAGAACAAGAAAAAGUAUGGAGACGAAAAACCGCCGCAAUAUGACUUGGGCAAUGUCACGACGCCAACGGUCUUCUUCUGGGGAUACGGGGACAGCGUCAUUGUUCCCGAAGAUGUCAAAAAAAUGGCAACAGAAUGGAAUUCGAACUCACUCAGGGAAAAUAAUCGAGUCACAUUGGAACAUUUCGGCCAUUUGGAUUUUGUCAUUGCCAAUAAUGCCAAGGAGUUGGUGUAUGACAGGAUCAUAUGGCUCAUGAAAAAUAAUAAAUACGAUGACGAGGACACACCAGGACCAUCCUUACUAUAUAAUUAAUCGUAAUAAAAUCUAUCUUUCAUAUAAAUGUAAAUGUUACUGCUUAUAUUUAUAGCUCUAGCUCUUAAUGGUAAUUUUUACUUAAAAUUAAAAAUGUAGUUUAAUUCACUGCUCCAAUCAGAUAAACUGGUUGGAUUUUUCGGAAAGGAAGAAGUUAAUUAGAUUGAUAAAAGCCAUAACUCUGGUACAGGUAAUUUUAAAGUGAAGCAAAACCAGUCCUUCAUGCCCAAAUGUAUAUAUAAAUAUUUCUGAUCGACUGAAUGUGACUAACACUUGAA